CAUGCUUAUGCAUUGGGACCCCACAAAAUGGGAAAAGGAUCACCUGCUUGCAUGUGUUGGGACAAUCGAUUAGGACCCAAAGAUGCCGUAGGGGAUAUCAAGUAUUGAGCCUAUUGACUGACCACAAGUUAAUCCUCAACUCUCUUUAAGCUUUCAUCCAGAAACUCUCCAACAAUGGCUUCCUCUACCCAAAAACCCUCUUCUUCUUCUUCUACCUCAAUCCGUCAAUAUAACUUCGAUGUGUUCUUGAGUUUUAGAGGUGAAGACACCCGCUACAAUUUUACGGAUCAUUUAUUCGUAAAUUUGCAUCGGAUGGGGAUUAAAACUUUCAGAGACGAUCAACUUAAAAGAGGAGAGGAGAUCAAAUUAGAACUUUUAAAAACUAUUGAAGAUUCAAGAAUUUCCAUAGUUGUGUUCUCAAAAGACUAUGCUCAGUCCAAGUGGUGUUUGGAUGAGUUAGCGAAGAUCAUGGAGUGCAGGGAAGAAAUGGAACAAAUAGUCUUUCCGGUGUUCUACCACGUGGAUCCUUCCGAUGUGCGAAAGCAAACAGGGAGCUUCGGAGAGGCACUUUCCAUUCACGAAAGAACGGUAGAUGAGAAGAAGGUGCAAAGGUGGAAGGAUUCCUUGACAAAAGCAAGCAAUCUAAGUGGUUUCCAUGUGAAUGAUGGGUAUGAGUCAAAGCAUAUUAAGGAAAUUACUAACGAGAUUUGUAAAAGAUUGAAUCCCAAGCUUUUGCAUAUUGAUGAUGUUAUAGUUGGGAUGGAUUUUCGCCUUAAAGAACUAAAAUCAUUGUUAAGUAGUGACUUGCAUGACAUUCAUGUGGUUGGGAUCUAUGGAACUGGUGGAAUUGGUAAAACUACCAUUGCCAAGAUUGUUUAUAAUGAGAUCCAAUGUCAAUUCACUAGUGCUAGCUUUCUUCAAGAUGUCAGAGAGACAUUCAACAAGCAUUGUCAACUUCAACUACAACAACAACUUCUUCAUGAUACAGUGGGGGAUGUUGAAGAGUUUAGCAAUAUCAAUAAAGGAAUCAAUAUAAUAAAGGCCAGACUUAGCUCAAAAAGGGUUCUUAUUGUAAUUGAUGAUGUGGAUCAGUUGCAGCAAUUAGAGUCAGUGGCCAGAAGUCCUAAAUGGUUUGGUCCAGGAAGUACAAUUAUCAUUACAACCAGAAACCAACAUUUGUUGGUUGAGUAUGGAGUGACUAUAUCAUAUAAGGCUACAGAAUUACAUAAUAGGGAAGCUCUUCAACUCUUCAGCCAACAUGCCUUUAAACAAAAUGUUCCUAAAGCAGAUUAUGUGAACCUCUCAAAUUGCUUGGUACGUUAUGCUCAAGGUCUCCCUUUGGCCCUUAAAGUUCUAGGUUCUUCUCUUCGAGGCAUGACAAUAGAUGAAUGGAAAAGCGCAUUGGAUAAAUUUAAAAAAAACCCUAUGAAGGAAAUUAAUGAUGUGCUUAGAAUAAGUUUUGAUGGGCUUGAUUCUUCUCAAAAGGAGGUUUUCCUUGACAUUGCGUGUUUUUUCAAAGGUGAAUGCGAAGAUGUCGUGUUAAGAAUAUUAGAUGGUUGCAAGUUAGAUCCAAUGUACAACAUAAGAGUUCUACGUGAUAGAUGUCUGAUAACUAUCUUAGACAACGUCAUACAAAUGCAUGACUUGAUACAACAAAUGGGUUGGGCAAUUGUUCGUGAAGAAUGUCCGGGAGACCCAAACAAAUGGAGUAGAUUGUGGGAUGUUGAUGAUAUUUAUGAUGCAUUUUCUAGACAAGAGGGAAUGAAAAAUAUUCAAACCAUAUCUUUGGACUUGUCUAGAUCAAAAGAAAUACGGUUCAGUACAAAAGUGUUUGCUAAGAUGAAGAAACUUAGGUUGCUUAAAAUCUAUUGCAAUGAUCAUGAUGGUUUGACAAGAGAAGAGUAUAAAGUGCAUCUUCCUAAAGACUUUGAAUUUCCUCAUAAUUUGAAAUAUCUUCAUUGGCAAAGAUGCACUUUGAGGUCUUUACCUUCAAGGUUUCAUGGAGAACAGCUUAUUGAAAUCAACUUGAAGUCUAGCAACAUAAAAAAGCUUUGGAAAGGGAAUAAGUGUCUUGGAAAACUAAAGGGCAUUGAUUUAAGUAACUCAAAACAGCUUGUCAAAAUGCCUAAAUUCUCAAGCAUGCCGAAUUUGGAGAGACUGAAUCUUGAAGGUUGCACAAGUUUGCGCGAACUUCAUUCAUCUAUUGGUGAUCUCAAAUGGUUGACUUACUUGAAUUUAGGAGAAUGUGAGCAGCUCCAAAGUUUACCUACUAGCAUGAAGUUUGAAUUUCUUGAAGUCCUUUAUCUCAAUCAAUGUCCAAAGUUGAAGAAGAUUCCUGAGAUCCAUGGGAAUAUGGGACAUUUGAAGGAACUUUAUUUAAAUGAGAGUGGGAUUAAAGAGCUACCAAGUAGCAUUGUUUAUUUAUUCUCUCUUGAAGUCCUUAAUCUCUCAGAUUGUUCAAACUUUGAGAAAUUUCCUGAGAUCCAUGGGAAUAUAAAAUUUUUGAGGGAGCUUCAUUUAGAAGGAUGUUCAAAGUUUGAGAAAUUUCCGGAUACAUUUACUUAUAUGGAACAUUUAAGGGGGCUUCAUUUACGUGAGAGUGGUAUUAAAGAACUCCCAGACAGCAUUGGGUAUUUGGAAUCUCUUGAAAUUCUUGACCUCUCAUAUUGCUCAAAUUUUGAGAAAUUCCCAGAGAUAAGAGGGAAUAUGAAAUGUUUGAAGGAGCUUUUUUUAGAUAAUACUGCUAUUAAGGAACUCCCAGGCAGCAUUAGAUGUUUGGAAUCUCUUGAAAAUCUCAACCUCUCAUAUUGCUCAAACUUUGAGAAAUUUCCAGAGAUCCAAGGGAAUAUGAAAUUCUUGAAGGAGCUUUAUUUAAAGCACACCACUAUUAAGGAACUCCCAAAUAGCAUUGGGUGCUUGCAGGACCUUGAAAUUCUUGACCUCAGUGGUUGCUCAAAUCUUGAGAGGCUUCCUGAGUUUCAAAAAGAUAUGGGAAAUCUACGGGAUCUUUUUCUAGACAAAACUGCAAUUAAAGGAUUACCCUGCUCAAUAGGUCAUCUCACUGGACUUGAUCGCUUAAAUUUGGAAAAUUGUAGAAACUUGAGAAGUCUUCCAAGCAUAUGUGGGUUGAAAUCCCUUGGAGACCUCUUUAUCAAUGGUUGUUCAAAUCUAGAGGUUUUUUCAGAGAUCACGGAGGAUAUGGAACAAUUAGAACGCCUUUUGUUACAUGAAACGGGCAUAACAAAGCUGCCAUCAUCAAUUGAACACCUGAGAGGUCUUCGUUCCUUGGAAUUGAUCGAUUGUGAGAACCUUGUGGCUCUUCCCAAUAGCAUUGGUAGUUUGACAUGUCUUACUAGUCUUCGUGUUCGUAACUGUACAAAGCUCCAUAACUUGCCUGACGAUUUGAGAAGCCUACGGUGUUGCCUAAAAGAACUAGAUCUAGGUGGUUGCAACCUGAUGGAAGGAGAAAUCCCCAGUGAUUUAUGGUGCUUAUCCUCACUGGUAUAUUUAGAUGUAAGUGAAAACCAUAUUCGUUGCAUACCGGCUGGCAUCACUCAACUUUUUGAGCUCGAAACCCUUUACAUGAAUCACUGCCCGAUGCUUGAAGAAAUUGGAGAGCUUCCAUCAAGUUUAACAAAGAUGGGGGCACAGGGUUGUCCAUGCCUAGAAAUUGAAACUUUCUCAAGUCCACUUUGGUCUUCUCUGCUCAAAUGCUUCAAAUCACCAAAUCAGUCGACAUUUUUUAGGCGGGGGAGAUUUCUCAUUCCAGGAAGUAGUGGAAUACCAGAGUGGGUAAGCCAUCAGAGAAUGGGGUGUGAAGUAAGAAUAGAGCUCCCAAUGAAUUGGUAUGAAGAUAACAACUUCUUGGGAUUUGUACUAUUCUUCCAUCAUGUUCCCCUUGAUGAUGAUGAAUGUGAGACAACAAUCGGUAGUAUUCCACUUUAUGAAUUGACGAUAUCCCAUGGUGAUCAAUCUGAACGACUGGACUGGAUAUCGUUUUAUUCUGAAUGUAAAACCUUCUGGAUUAGGGAUUUAUCAUAUGUCGACGAACUCUACCCCUACUACAGUCGUAGAACAUCAGAUCCAGCAAUUUGGGUGACGUAUUUCCCUCAGAUUAAAAUUCCAGGUGAGUAUCGAUCCAGUUGGUGGAACAACUUGAAGGCUCACUUCCACACUCCGAUCGGUGUUGGCUCUUUUAAGUGUGGCACUAACGCAUGCUUUAAAGUGAAAAGUUGUGGGAUACAUCUCUUGUACGCCCAAGAUCAGAUCCAUUGCCCUCAACCGUCGAGAGGAAGCCUUGGUGAAAGAGAAGAUCACCCAGCCAAGAGAUUAAACCCAAGCAAGGUAUGUCUUCUCUCUUUUUUUAUUUAUUAGAUGGAAUUAGUGAAAAAAGAAAUAUGUAGAUAACUUUUAAAAUCAUAUCCUAGUGACUGAUUUUUAUUUUUAUUUUUUUUCUUUUCAUGAUUUUAUUUUAAUCAUGUGUUCUUAAAUGUCCCAAAAUUAUAGGAAAUUUUGAGAUCCGGCAGCUUGGCUCUGUCUUAAAGUUCAAA